CCGCAGCCGCCGCCAUGGCCUCGGCCAAGUUCCGCCGCCGCUACAAUGUCAAGGGGCGCCUGCAGCGGCCGGGCCCCGAACCCGCCAGGACGGAGGCGCCCCAGGUGCAGCUGGACCUGCACGAUAAGGAGCUGUUGAAAGGUGUGGAUGCCAGCAAUGCCCUCGUACUGCCAGGGAAGAAGGAGAAGAAGACCAAAGUCACUUUUCAACCUAAAAAAGAGAGAAAGCCCCUGACGCGAAAAGAGAAGAAAGUCCUGCAGAGAAUUUUGGAGCAGAAAGAAAAAAAAAAGAAGCGAGCUGAGAUGCUAAGUAAACUCAAUGAAGUCCAAGCUUCAGAGGCGGAAAUGAAACUUUUGUAUACCACUUCCAAGCUGGGUACUGGAGAGCGCAUGUUCCAGAACAAACGGAAAAUAGAGGAAGUUGGAGCUUUGGGCCCAGAUAAGAUUAGCAGCAUCAGUGGUGCCCACAAAAAAAGACGUCAGGAGGAACUGGAAGCAGAGGAGUCUGAAUCCUCUAAUGACUCUGAAGAUGCCGAGGAGGCUGGCGAACAAACAGCCUCAGAACAGACUGUUAUUGAAGAAGAAAAAAAGGCAGAAAAUUUGAGCAGUGAAAAGCCGACAGAAUGUGACAAGGACCUGUUGAAUAACCAGCCAUCUGCACCCAAGAUGGUGGACCCUCCACCCACUUUGAACAAACCACCUUCCAAACCAGCCAUUUUUGUCCCAGUGGACCGGUCUCCUGAGAUUCAGGAAGCCCGACUGAAGCUCCCGAUCCUAUCAGAAGAGCAAGUGAUCAUGGAGGCCGUCACCGAGAACCCUAUAGUUAUCAUAUGUGGGGAGACGGGCAGCGGGAAGACCACCCAGGUCCCCCAGUUUCUCUACGAAGCUGGAUAUGCCAGCCGAGACAGCAUCAUUGGCAUCACAGAGCCUCGCCGAGUGGCAGCCGUGUCCAUGUCACAGCGCGUCGCCAAGGAGAUGAACCUGUCCCACCGUGAGGUCUCGUACCAGAUCCGUUACGAAGGAAACGUGACAGAAGAAACAAAAAUAAAGUUCAUGACAGAUGGCGUGUUACUCAAAGAGAUUCAGAAGGAUUUCUUACUUCUGAAGUACAAAGUGAUCAUUAUCGACGAAGCCCACGAGCGGAGCGUGUAUACGGACAUUCUGAUAGGCCUCUUGUCUCGAAUCGUGACCCUCCGGGCCAAGAAAAACCUGCCACUGAAGUUGAUCGUCAUGUCCGCUACACUCCGUGUUGAGGAUUUCACCCAGAACACGAGGCUCUUCCGUGAGCCUCCCCCAGUGAUAAAGGUGGACGCCCGGCAGUUCCCGGUGACAGUUCACUUCAACAAGAGGACGCCUCUGGAUGACUACAGCGGGGAGUGCUUCCGAAAGGUCAGCAAGAUCCACCGGAUGCUCCCUGCGGGAGGCAUUUUGGUGUUCCUGACGGGUCAGGCAGAGGUACACUCGCUUUGUAGAAGACUGAGGAGAGCUUUUCCAUUCCACACCAGGCAGGAAGAGAAUCAUGAGAAAGAAGAAGAUUCAGUGGAAGAAAUGAGAAAAUUCAAGAAAUCCAAACCAAAGAAAGUGCUGACUUUGCCUAAAAUUAAUUUGGAUAAUUACUCUGCGAUGCCAGUGGAUGAAGGAGAUGAGGACAGAGAAGGAGAAAGGGAUGAUGAAGAGGAUGCAGUGGGGUCUGACAUUGACCUAGACUUAGGCGAUGAGGACACUGAAGGAGGUGAGAAACCAGAUUCCUCCCUACCACUUUAUGUUCUUCCUCUGUAUUCUCUGCUGGCACCAGAGAAACAAGCCCAGGUCUUCAAACCCCCUCCCGAGGGGACCAGAUUGUGUGUCAUAGCCACUAAUGUGGCCGAAACAUCCCUAACCAUCCCCAACAUCAAAUAUGUGGUAGAUUGUGGGAAGGUCAAAAAAAGGUUUUAUGACAAGGUGACCGGCGUUUCCUCUUUCCGAGUAUCCUGGACGUCCCAGGCUUCUGCAGAUCAACGAGCCGGAAGAGCUGGAAGAACAGAGCCGGGUCACUGUUACAGAUUGUAUUCAUCUGCAGUUUUUAGUGACUUUGAGAAGUUUUCUCCUCCUGAGAUUACUAGAAGACCCGUUGAAGAUUUAAUCCUUCAGAUGAAAGCUUUAAACAUCGACAAGGUAAUCAACUUCCCGUUCCCGUCACCUCCACCAAUGGAGGCCCUUGUGGCCGCUGAGGAGCUGUUGCUCUCACUUGGAGCCUUGCAAAAGCCACCACAGAGAGGAAGCCUCAAAGUAUUGCAGAAGACCAAACUGUGUUGCCCAAUUAGUCCGUUGGGCAGAACCAUGGCCACUUUUCCCGUUGCCCCCCGCUACGCAAAAAUGCUUGCUCUGAGUCAGCAACACGACUGUCUGCCCUACAUCAUCACUAUUGUGUCUGCCAUGACAGUUCGGGAGCUGUUUGAAGAAUUUGACAGACCAGCCGCCAGCGAAGAGGAGCAAGCAACACUCAAGGGGAAGAGAGCUCGUGUUUUCCAGAUGCAGAGAGUCUGGGCUGGACAAGGAGCUAAACUGAAGCUUGGCGACCUCAUGGUAAUGCUAGGUGCCGUGGGGGCUUGCGAGUACGCUGGCUCUGCUUUUCAAUUCUGCCAAGCCAAUGGACUGAGAUUCAAGGCCAUGAUGGAGAUUAAGCGUCUGAGAGGACAGCUGACCACCGCAGUUAAUUCCAUCUGCUCAGGCAUUGGCCUGUUUGUAGAUCCUAAAAUGAAGCCUCCCACAGAGACCCAAGUGACCUAUUUGAGGCAAAUGGUGUUGGCAGGCUUGGGGGACCAUGUAGCCAGGAAGAUCCAGAGUGAGGAGCUGCUGGAUGAAAAGUGGAGAAAUGCCUACAAGACUCCACUCUUGGAUGACCCUGUUUUUAUCCAUCCAAGCUCAGUCCUUCUCAAGCAGCUUCCUGACUUUGUGGUAUACCAGGAGAUUGUUGAAACCACCAAGAUGUAUAUGAAAGGUGUCACAGCGGUUGAAGCGGAGUGGAUCCCGGUCCUCCUGCCACUAUACUGUCAUUUUCAAAAACCGCUAGAGGACCCUCCCCCAGCCUACUGUCAUGAGAGCGGCCGCGUCAGGUGUCAUCGGGCCAGCAUGUUCUAUCGUGUUGGUUGGCAGCUCCCUGCCGCUGAAGUGGAUUACCCAGAGGGAAUUGAACGCUACAAAUACUUUGCCAAGUUUUUACUGCAAGGAAAGGUCUUUCCCAGACUCGCCUCCUACAGCAACUGUUUGCUGUCCAGCCCGGUCACGAUGCUGAAGACAUGGGCCAAACUCCAGCCCAGAACAGAGAUACUCCUCAAAGCCCUUGUUUCUGAAAACGCUGAUUGCCGAGACGCCUUGCUGAAUGCUUGGAAGAGAAAUCCGAAAUACUUGUUAUCCGCCUAUUGUGAGUGGAUCCCUCAGGCCAUGCAUGCUGACGUCACCAAAGCCUGGCCACCCAUCCAAACAUGAGCCUUCAGAUGUGUCCUCUGCUCCAGCUGGUGCCUUUGAUCCUGACAUCUUGGAAUCUCACCUGGAAGAAAUCUUCAUUUCUGUGGGUUUUUCUUAAGACUGAGAGACUGCUUCCCCGAGCGGGCUCUGUCCUGUUGGACUACAAGUUCUCUUCGCUUGCUCCGAAGAGCCAAGAUGAACUAAGUAUGUGCGGACACAAAUCUAAAAUACUUAUUUCCCUGUCGUAUACGAAUGACACUCCCAAUGUACAAUUACCCCAUUUUACAGUUUUGUAAUAUUUAUUCCUAAUGGACAGUUUUAUGCAUCUUCUUGGUAUUUAUUCAUCCAAGUUUUAGAAAUGUGCUCUUUAGACUAUGUUAGUCACUGGCACUCUGGCAGGUCCUGUUGAUUUGUGUGAGCCCCUGGACCCAGUCCCAUGAGCUAGGUCAGGUUCAGCCUAAGGUCAGGCUCACCAUGGCACCCCCCACCCCAAAACAAACACGCACUCACUCCUAGUGCCAUUUUGGGCCAGAGUGACCACAGCACAGCUACUACGAUGCUGCUGUGCCUAUACAGUGUGAUUCUUUUUUUCCAGUAGGCUGCCAGUACCUAAAAGUCUCAGCAACCACUGGGACAAGCCUCUGCCAGUAUGUGUAUUUUGGCAUGCUUCUUCUCCUUCCAAAAUGAAGGUGUUUCUCCAAGUACCAUGUGCAGCCUCUAUUUCAGACUUUCAGAAUCUAAUGGCUUGAAGUGUCCAGGUGAUAUGGUUUCUGAAUACACUUCUGAACCCCACAAAUCCCUCGAGCAGCUCUGAUGUCUGGGCAGCUGAAGCAAGUUUCUCAUUGGUGAGGGAACAUUUUAGUACAGUGCCCUGCACACAGUGACCGCUCAAUGAAUACGAUGGGAUUGAUUCAUUGAGUAUGAAAUGUCCCACUAACAUCAUCAUAUGGCAUUAGAAAACUUGGAUUCUUGAUGAGGAUUUUAACUCACUGUAGAGCUUGGUUUAACAGUGGUAGCGUUUCCUCUGAGUUGGAUCUGCAGGAAUACAUCAGUGUUUCCUGGAGGGAGGAACUGCACUUUCUUUCCUGAAAAUAAAGAUUCACAAUCUUUCCAUCGAGCUGAGCCUAACCUAGUCCUGUGGUAAGAAGGAUUUUCCCCCUCCAUGUCUACUGGGAGUAAUGAGAGGACAUUCAACCAGCAUUCAACCAGUGAUGCUAUUUACAAAAAGAUGCCAAGCUUUUGGUAGAUGAUCUGAUGUAAAUAGUCAAGAAUGGGGAUGAAAUAAAGUAUGUUAUGUGUACAUACAGA